AUGGCCGGCCGCCCACAGCUGCUGCUGCUCGUGGUUGUCGCGCUCGCCGAGAUCUCUGCCCGCCAGCUCUACGAGGGCGACCGCUGCUCCGGGGAUGGCGUCUGCACGCGGCUGCGCCACUGCCCCGAGCUGCUGCAGCUGCUCCGCCAGGGCGGGGACCCGCCGCGCUGCGGGUUCGCAGGCUUCGAGGCCGUCGUCUGCUGCCCCAGACAGCAGCCGCGGGAGCCCGAGCCCGACAGCCGGCUGGCCAGGCCCAGCACCGCCGCGUGCCGAAACUAUCGAGCAAAUUUCAAUGAAGUUCCGAAGCUCUUCAUUUUAAAUGGUGAAGAAGUUGUCGAGAAGGAAUUUCCUCAUAUGGCGGCGCUGGGCUACCUGCGGCGGGGGUCGGCGCGGCCGUCGUGGCUGUGCGGCGGCUCCCUCAUCAGCCAGCAGUUCGUGCUGACGGCCGCCCACUGCUGCACCAACAGGGUCUGGAAGUCUCCGUCGGUGGUGCAGCUGGGCAGCACGUGGCUGGGCGAGGCGCCGCCGGCGGAGGGCCGGGUCGGCGUGGAGCGCGCGCUGGUGCACCCGGGCUUCCGGCGGCCCGCCUUCUACCACGACGUGGCGCUGCUGCGGCUGGAGCGCAAGGUGGCCUACGGCGAGAGCGUGCUGCCCGCCUGCCUGCACGGUGCGCACCUCAACCAAAGCAAAGCUGUCCCAGGUACAGAAAGGCGGUUUAAAAUGAGGAGCAGUUAA